AUGGCUGAAGUCGGCGCCCGGAAGCCCAAUGGACCCCUGUCCACGCAGGUGACUGGCCUGCAGCGCCAGCCCUCGUUUUCCUCUUUCCCGCCCUCGCGCUCGCCCUCGGUGUCUGUCCGCCCUGAUGCGAGGAAGGCGCGCUCUCCACAUCCGCCCGUCGUGCGCGAAGACGACUUCUCGGUGCGCUCGUCCCACAGCUCCUCGCAGUCGCUUGCCCCGCCCCGUGCCAAAGCCGGCCUGAGGCUGCGCUCCCAGUACCCGGACGACGGCAUCGAGAACCAUGUCGAGUACAUCCUGGUCGCUUCGUUCGACAUUGAUCGCGGGUCGAUCAUGGAACAUCAGUAUCCUGCAGCUAUUAGUGGCGACGAGACUACCCUGGCCGAGCUCAUGCUGCCGGACCAGGCCCACUCGCGCGACUCGGACUGGACCAUCUUCUUCUUGCACAAGGAUACGACUGCCGACGAGGAAGAGAGGGAGGCCAGACGAGAGCGCAGACGGAAGCGCAAGCGGGGGAAAGACGGGGCCGACGACAAUGACGACGCCAAAUCUGGUGCCCAAGAGCACGGCGAUGACGAGGGCAGCGUUGACGAGGGCGACGAUACAGAGUCGAGCGAGGAAGAGCAGGACCCAGACGGCCCGCCCUUGAUCUACGUGCUGAAUCUGGUCAACACUAAGAAAGACAACACCAUGAAGAGAGGUGCAAACGUCAAGGCCAUGGCCAUAUGCACACGACACUCGUUCCUGCACAUAUACAAGCCGCUGCUGCUGCUCGCCCUCGAGGAGUACUUCCGAGCCCCGGUUCCUGAAACGCUGGCCUUGCUCUACAACGCCCUCAACGCCAUGGACCUCUCUCUGCUGCCGAAGCUGUCACAACUCGAAGGCUUCGUGCUGGGCGCCUGCGACGCAAAAGACAUGUUCAUCGAGAAGUUCGAGCAGAUGCUCAGACAGCGGAGGGCCAUCGACGCCGCGCGCAACUCCGCCAACUCAACAGACUCUCAGCCGAAACGCAAAGUAUACGCCCUUCCGCGAGAUACACACGAGUUCGAGUCCAAAGUCAACUACAACAACAUUCCAAUCCCCGUCAAGAUCCCAACAGCACUGAGUCCCGAGACAGUCGGCGACUUCUGCCUUGGCGACCUCAUCAAGACCUUCUCCACACCUCAUGCGCAACAACCCCAGCCAUUUGCUCUACAUCCACAUCUCACCACGAACGGCGCCUACACCCAUCCCAUCGUCGUCCUUGUCAACGCUCUCCUCACACAAAAGCGCAUCAUCUUCGUCGGCCACGGUUUGCUGGCAAGUCAAGUAGCGGAAGCCGUGCUCGCAGCAUGCGCUUUGGCGUCUGGCGGCCUGCUACGAGGCUUCGUUCGACACGCCUUCCCCUAUACCGAUCUCACCAAAGUCGAUGACCUGCUUAAAGUGCCAGGCUUCAUUGCCGGCGUCACAAACCCCACAUUCUCACACAAACCAGAAUGGUGGGAUCUCUUGUGUGACCUUCCGACUGGUCGCAUGAAGAUCAGUAACCGUAUUGAGCCAGCCUCGCCCACAGAAGGCUCGCUCUUUUUCCAACAACAAGGCAUUCCUAUGAGUGGGCCUGGCAGCUUGCAAAUGUCUUCCGAUAGUAAAGGUGCGUUGGACUUAACUGGCGACAAUGCCUUUAUGGAAAUCCUCAUCCAAAGCAUUGCCAAUCGUCACGGCGAAAACGCCGUCCGCGCAAAAUGGCGUUCCUGGGUGCUAAAAUUCACUCGCCUCGCCGCUGCCUUUGAAGAGAUGGUCUACGGCGCCUCGGCCCUUUACAUUGGAGCCCACGAAACGGAUGUCGGCGCAUACGGCGUCUCAGGCCAUGGAUACGUCUGGCCGGACGAAAUCUCCAAACUCCGGGAACUGGCUGCAAACGUGCAUCGCAUCGAGGGCUGGCGCAGCACACGUAGCUACUUCAGCUACAUACAAGAUCUGGCGGGGAUCUGGAAACGAAGACCAGUUCGGGGCAUUGACUUGUACCACCAGCACGACAAACUGCGCUGGCUCAAACUUACACACGAUCAAUCCGCCGCCAUCUAUCUCGCACUAGCCCGCUGUGUCGAAGAAGCUGGUGCGCAGUCGUUAAAAACAUCGCCCUCGGAUGCUGACCUCUCGGCGUCGACGUCGCAUCCAUUCACACUCGCGAACGACCCAGAGCGCAGGCCUGGCCCGCAACUCCAGUACGACACUAUCCUGCAGCUUCUUUGUGUCAUUCCAGAGAGCAAUGCAGGGCUUUUUUAUCUUAGUUUGGGGUUGUUUCAUCCAAAGCCGGAGGUUAGGAUAGCGACUGUCAAGCUACUAGAGAGGAUUCAGGAACAUCCCGCUGGACGGUAUUUCUGGGGAAAUCUGGGGAGGUUUGCGAAGCUCGCGUUUUUUAGGGUCAAGAGGGAGGAGGGGCAGGUGAGAUAA